UAUCAACUGCCAAAGUUAUCUGCAGUUCAGAGACAAGAGAAAGUCAUGCAAAGACUAUAUAACCUGAUAAAAGAUCAUAGCUAUAUAGAAGCCCCAUGGCAAGAGACCCUAGAUGAUAUAGUUAAAAUCACUAUAUCAGAAAAGUCUAAAGAAGAAGCUGCCCUAGACCAUAAAGGACUAGUCUCUAGAUGGGCCCAAUCACAUGAUCCUAUAGAUGAUAAGAUAAUCAUCUAUUCAGAUGGCUCCCAGUCUGAUAGGGGCUAUAAUGGGGCUGGUAUCUUUAUUACUAAUAAAGCCUUCACCAAUCAAGAAUGCUGGGCCUGGAACUUAGGCAAAGAAUGUGAAGUCUAUGAUGCUGAGCUCUAUGCAAUCAAGAAAGCCUAA